AUUUUGGUAAUUGUGAGCGACGGAGGUGGCGGCGGCGGCGUUUGUUGUUUUCCUUUGUGAUUUGCAGCUGAAGAAAGGUCAAGCGUUGCGUAAAGCGGUUGCACAAACAUAUACGCACACAUACACACAUGCACGCGCGUGUGUAACUGUUGUUUGGGACUCGAUCGUGUUAGCUGUAAAUCAGGCAAAAUUCAGUUCGUUUACGUUUAUAACAGCAGUGCCCCACACGCGGCCGAUAUUUAUAAGCCCAAUACGAGGUAUAGCGGGAGCAACGCUAACGAUUCGGACACAGAGUGGCUGGAGACGGAAACAGGAAGCAAAGCAAACAGCGACGAAAACAACAAAAACAGCAACAACAAUAUCAAUAGCAAUAGCAACAGCAAUAGCAGCUACAACAUGGCAGUACGCAAAAAACAGGACGACAAAUACCUGCUAGCGCUGCGGGAGCUGGUUAACAGCGGGGCAGGCAAUCGCCAGUGUUUCGAUUGCAACCAAAAGGGGCCCACCUACGUGAACAUGACCAUCGGCUCGUUUGUCUGCACACGCUGUUCGGGUGUACUACGCGGUCUGACGCCUCCGCAUCGCGUUAAAUCCAUAUCGAUGGCCACAUUUACACAGGACGAGCUCGACUUUCUGAAGGCGCACGGCAAUGAGCUGUGUGCCAAGACCUGGCUGGGCCUAUGGGAUCCAAAGCGAGCUGCUGCGCAGCAGGAUCAGCGGGAGCUGAUGAUCGAUAAGUACGAGAGGAAACGCUAUUACUUGGAGCCGGCCAGUCCGCUCAAGUCGCUCAAUCUUAAGUCGUCGUCCGCCAGCAAUGGCUAUCACACGGGCAACAUAUCGAGCAAUGGCUAUGCCAGCAUUCAUUUGACACCGCCCGCCGCCCAGCGUACAGCUGCAAAUGGCCUCAGCAAAUCGGGAGCAAACAGCACAGCCAUCAGCCGGCCGCAGCAUCAUCAUCAUCAGAAUCAUAAUCACACUCACAAUCAGCAGCAGCCACAGUUGAAUGGCAAUCAUGAUGCCUUUUCGCAUAAUCUGGCCGGCAUCGGGCUGGGUCUGACCAGCCUGAACAGCGCCGGCUCCACAUCAACGGGCGCCCUGUCCGACACGAGCAGCUGCGCCAGCAAUGGCUUUGCCGGCGAAACAGAUUUUGUGGCCGAUUUUGGUUCGGCAAACAUCUUCGAUGCCACCUCGGCACGUUCCACGGGCUCACCGGCCGUCUCCUCGGCCAGUUCGGUUAGCUCCACCAAUGGCUAUGCCAAGGUGCAGCCCAUUCGUGCGGCGCAUCUACAACAGCAGCAGCAGCAAAUGCCCAACGGCAACAGCAAUGGAUCGGAGAACUUUGCUGAUUUCGAGCAUGCGCCCAUCUAUAAUGGCGUAGCUGACGCAAUGAAGUCUGUGCGCUCGCUGCCCGAUUGGUACGAUUGGAGCACGUCCGACUAUGCAGAUCCGUUUGAGAAUGAGUUUGCGGCGCUGCGCUCGACAACAGAAACCAGUUCGGAAGCGGAGCCGGAGUCGUCGCUGCCCGCCUAUUCGACGCUGACGCUGUGGAGCGAUGAUAGCUGGCCAGAGAAGCAGCCCGCCAUGCACUAUGAUAGUUCGGUCACCUUGCUGGAGUCAGCUAGGUCGGCGGCGAUGUGCUUGCCCAGUGAAGAAUCCUUGCAAACGCCCACAAAUCCAUUUCUGCCUCAGUUGAAGUCGGAGUCAGCAUUUAGUCGGGCAUUAAGCGCGCUGCAUAUCGCUGAGGAUACAGAAACAGCAACAGCAACAGCAACACAAGCAACAGCAGCAGCAGCACCAGAAAUGGCAGAGCAUACAGAGUGCGACUCGAAUUCGAAUAUCUUAAAUGCCUAUUACAAUCCUUUCUUUACGUGGAGCACCUCGUUGCAGAGCCAGCAGCAGAAACAGACGACAAACAAGCCAAGCCCCCGGGCAGGCAAUGCGCCCAGCGAGGACCGCUAUGCGGCGCUCAAGGACCUCGAUGAGCAACUGCGCGAGCUGAAGGCCACCGAGGCGGCUACAGUCACGGAGGCGCCAACGCCAACCAAUGGCAACACACAGCUGGCGGAUGCCUUUGGCACGGUCAACGGCAACAGCAGCAACAACAACAAUAACAACAACCAUGCCAAUCCCUUCAAGAGCCAGCAGUCGCUGCUCAUCAACGGUAGCAGCCACUUGGUGAAUCCAUUCCAGGCACAGCAGCUGCAACAGCAACAAUUGCAGCAGCAGAAUCUCUAUGGCCAGCUGACGCUCAUACCAAACGGCUAUGGCAGCAGCCCACAGCAGGCGGCUGCGGCGGCGGCAGCAGCAGCGGCUGCCACCAGCUUCUACAAUUUCAACAACAACGGCUUUGCCUUGGCCCAGGGCCUGCCCAAUGGCUGUGGCUUUGGCAGCAUGCAACCAGCGCCCGUGCUUGCGGGCGGCCUAGCCGGCGGCUUCAAUAACCCAUUUGCGGCCAGCGGCGCUAUGAACACCAAUAAUCCAUUUUUAUGAGAUUCAGACUCGAGGCGAGCGCAGGACCAACAGCAGCAGAGGAAGCAGAGACAGGAGCAAGAACACGAGCAAGGGCAGGAGCUGAAACUAAAGCAGCAGCAGCAGCUGGAGCAGCAGGAGCUCACAUCAUGGCUGAGGCGUUGAGACGUUGAGAUUGAUCAGAGAAAAGCCGCUGAACAAAAUGCAGAAAGUGAACCGAAAUUAGUCCAUUUUACGAACAAUAGCUAUUAACUAUAAAAUAUACAUAUAUAUCUACAUAUAUGUAUAUACAUAGGCAGAUACAUAUAUGUGUGAGUGUGUGUGCAUGUGUGUGUAUUUAUAUAGACGUAUGUGCUAAAUGCUGAAUAUGAAUCCGUUUUAAUGGAUUGCCAACAACAACAACUGAUCGUACAAUAUAUAGAAAUAUAUAUAUUCUUUUACUAAAU